CUUUCGCCUUUCCGUGGGAGCCUCCGGGAGAGUAAGACAUCCGGCUGGACUCAGUGUCCGGUCCAGCGAAACUGCGCGGACAGCUCGCCGCUUGGCGGGAGGCGCAGGAUUGGCAGAGCCAGGCUGAGCGCUCUGGUCGCUGGAACUCCCGCCAGCGGCAUCCCUGCUGCCCACGCCCCGCGCACCUGCCUCUCCCGCCCCGGCCAGCCCUCUCCGCAGACGCGCUCCAUCCGCUCCCCGCAGCGCGGUUCCCCGAGCAGCUGCGCCGCUGCACUGCCAGGUGGUCCGGCUGGGAGGCGGCACAGUGCCCACCCUGCCCCCUGCCCCGUGCCCCUGCCCCGUGCCCCUGCCCCCUACUCCCUGCCCCUACCCCCCGCAGGCCCCCGUGGGAUGGAGCCCCGGCCGCGGCGACGGCGCAGCUGCCGCCAGCCGGUGUCUGCGUUCCUGCGGGACCCGGGCUCGGGGCGCGUCUACAAGCGCGGGAAGCUGAUCGGCAAGGGUGCCUUCAGCCGCUGCUAUAAGCUGACCGACAUGUGCACCAGCGCCGUGUUUGCUCUCAAGGUGGUGCCCCGUGGGGGGCCCGGGGCCCGGAGCCUGCGCCCCAUUGGGAAGGUGGAGCGGGAGAUCGCCCUGCACAGCCGCCUCCGGCACCGCAACGUGGUGGCCUUCCACGGACACUUCGCCGACCGGGACCACGUGUACCUGGUGCUGGAGUACUGCAGCCGGAAGUCCCUGGCCCACGUGCUGGAGGCGCGGCGGAUGCUGACGGAGCCUGAGGUUCGCUACUACCUGCGGGGCCUGGCCAGCGGCCUCCGCUACCUGCACCAGCAGCGCAUUGUGCACCGAGACCUGAAGCUCAGUAACUUUUUCUUGAACAAGAACAUGGAGGUGAAGAUCGGGGACCUGGGGCUGGCUGCCAGGGUGGGGCCGGGGGGCCGAUGCCACAGAGUGCUCUGCGGGACCCCAAACUUCCUGGCCCCAGAGGUGGUCUCCAGGAACGGGCACUCCUGCCAGUCAGACAUCUGGGCUCUGGGCUGCAUCAUGUACCUGGUGCUGACCGGCGACCCACCCUUUGUGGCGGCUUCCCUGACAGAGAUGUACAAAAACAUCCGGGAAGGCCGUUACCCCGAGCCUGCCCACGUGUCGCCCAAUGCCCGGCGCCUCAUUGCCCGCCUGCUGGCGCCCAACCCGGCCGAGCGGCCCAGCCUGGACCAGCUGCUGCAGGACAGCUUCUUCACGCAGGGUUUCACUCCGGACCGGCUGCCAGCCCACUCCUGCCACAGCCCGCCCAUCUUUGCCGUUCCUCAGCCUCUGGGCAGGCUCUUCCGAAAGGUGGGCCAGCUGCUACUGAGCCAGUGCCAGCUACCCGGCCCCUACACACCCAACGAGGCUUCAUGUCCAGGGGAAGAUGCUCCCGAUGCCGACUUCAUGGAGUGGGGCAAUGAGGCCUCCCUGUUGGAGAGAGGGGCUCCCGGACCUGAGGUCCGCGUCCACCUGCUCGCCCAAGGGACCCUGCAGAGCGGCCCAGCUGGGUCUGAGGGGAGCCCAGGACAGGAGGUGGAGGCGGCCAUUAGAAGCCUGCAGCUCUGCCUGGACCCUGGGCCUCCAGCCACGCAGGACCCGGCGGGAGAGCCGCGGCCCACCCUCUGGGCCCCCAAGUGGGUGGAUUAUUCCAGCAGGUACGGCUUCGGCUACCGGCUGUCGGACGGGAGCAGCGGCGUCCUGUUCCGGGACGGCACCCACAUGGCCCUGCGGGCCCCCGGGGGCCAGGUCAGCUACAGGCCUCACCGAGGGCAGCUGGAGAUGUUUGCCCUGAGGGAUGUGCCCAGCCCGCUGGGUGCCAAGCUGGCUGUCCUGCGACUCUUUGCUGGCUACAUGCAGCAGCGGCUCCGAGAGGAAGAGGGCCUGCCUGCGCCCACCCCGCCUGCCAGCCCGGGCCUCUGCCUGCUGCGCUUUCUUGCAUCCCAGCAGGCCCUGCUGCUGCUCUUCAGUGACGGGACAGUGCAGGUCAGCUGCGGUGGGGGCCAGGUUCAGCUGGUGCUGAAUGGGCCGCCCGGAGGGCUGCUGCUCACGGCCUGGGAGCGGGGCCAGCCCGCUGCCUCGUACACGCCGGGGACCGCGCGGAGCCGCGGCUGCCCGCCCGCCGCUCGCCAGCUCCUGCGCCGCGCGCUCCGCCUGCUGCGGAGCAUCUAGCGCCCGCGGGCAGCGUGGCCUCUGCCUGCGAUGCCAGGGGCCAGGCUCCAUUUCUGUGUCUGUCCCUCCGGAGGGGAUGCCAGUGGGGGCAGCUGGGGAGCUGGCAUGUGCAUGGGCGGUGGGGCUCUUUGCCUCAUGGUAUGAGUGUGCAACCCAGACUUUUGUUCAGCGUUGUGCUUUUCUGCAUUAAAGAAACUUGCUCUGGCUGAUGUGGCUCCGUGAUUGAGCACUGGCCCAUGAAUCAGGAGGUCAGGGGUCAAUUCCCCGUCAGGGCACAUGCUCGGUUGCUGACUCGAUCCCCAGUAGGGGGCA